CUCAUUAUUAACCUAACCAUAAAUGCACAAUAACCCAAUAACCCCUCAAUCUCCGCCCCUGUAAUCCCCUGUUUCCUCCAUCUUCCUCCUCCCCCACCUCAAUCAUGAAGUCCUUCACCAGCACAAAGCUCAUCCUCCUACCUCAAUCCCUUCCCAAACACAGCACCACUCCCUCCUCCCUCAUCUCCUCCCCCCACCAUCUAUGCAUCCUCGCCUUGAUCUCCUUCUUCACCUUCGCCUUCCUCCUAACCCUUCUUUCCUCCUCCACCUCCCUUCCCUCUCCUCUCCCCCACCCCUCCGCCGCACUCCCUUCCCCCAAACCCGACCCAUACCUCUUCGACACCCUCAUCCACUACGCCGCUCAGUCCACCUCCAGCGGCCUAAUGCCCGACAUCGAUCUCCGCUCCAUAGCCCGCGCGCUCCGCCGCCGCGCACCCUGCAAUCUCCUCGUCUUCGGCCUCGGCCCCGAAAGCUUGCUCUGGCGCGCCCUCAACCACGGUGGCAGGACUGUCUUCGUCGACGAGAACCAGUACUACAUCUCCCACUACGAAGAGCGCCAUCCUGGUCUCGAGGGCUACGACGUCGUCUACACCACCAAAGUCCGCGAGCUCAAGGAACUGAUAGCAGAGGCGAGGGCUAAAAUAAGCGGCGACUGCCGGCCUGUUCAAAACUUGCUUUUUUCCGACUGCCGGCUCGCCAUCAACGAUCUCCCUAACCAUGUUUAUGAGGUUGCGUGGGACGUGAUUGUUGUGGAUGGACCCAGAGGGUACUCGCCGGAGAGUCCCGGCCGGAUGUCGACGAUCUACACGGCGGCCGUCUUGGCGCGCUCCGGCGGAGAUGAGCCGACUGAUGUUUUGGUACAUGAUUUUGAGCGGGAGGUGGAGAGAGUUUGCAGCGAGGAGUUUCUUUGUAGGGAGAAUCUUGUCGGCGUUGAGGGUCAGGUGGCGCAUUUCGUUGUCCGCGGAAGGGAUGCUGCUCGAAAGGACGAUUUUUGCUUCAAUCGCACAGCUGCCGCCGGUACCGCCGCCGCCGCCGCUGCAACCGCCGUGGCGCCGUAGCUCUUUGUAGGAUGAGUUGUUAGUGUUUUUUUUGGUAAUUACAUACAAGCCACCCGAAUUAUUGAUAUUUACAA